GGAAAACAUGAUGAGAAGUCAGACUCGGCAGGUUGUUCCCUGUUAACUUGAAUCUAUCCGGGUUUCCCGAUGGACGGACCGGUUCGACGUUUAUACCUCCACCCCGCCGCUGCGCAGCUUUCCCGCCUGAGGAGUCAUUCCUGUGCACCAGACCUCCUGAAAGCAGACAUGAGGUUUUCACCACCUUGGAAAUGGUUUAAAGACCUGUUUGAAAUCGUCUGCCCUUGGACUCAGACAGAGCUGUGGCUGGAUUUCCCCUCUGAGCUCCCUUGAUGAGACCCGAGUCAGUUUCACUGACUGAAUGAGACUGUAAGAUGUGUUUGAAAGCUCAGAAAGCCAGUGAGCAAACCAAAGUCCCAUCACCAUGAGAGGGAAGAACAGCUGUCCUGAGAAUUUCAGGGAAGUCUCAGUAAACGCACACACAUACACUCACACACUCACACACACACACACACACACACACACACACACACACACACACACAGUCAUGUUCCCAUCACUUUUGGGGAUAUUACAUAGACUUAUAUUAACCACCAUUAAGGCUUAACCACCACCUAACCACAACAAUAACCCUGACAUCAACCUUAAAGCAAGUCUUCACCCAAAUAUUUAAUGAUUUACACUGUGGGGAUUUGCAUUUUGUCCCCGUAAGUAAGGUGAGUCCUCACAAUGUGACCUUGUAAACAGAUUUGUCCCCGCAACUACAGGAAUACACACACACACACACACACACACACACAUAUACACAGAGUGUAAAAUCUUGCUCUGUCCUCUGUUGCCACCUGCUGGCUAAACCCAAACUUGCCACCAAGACAGACAGAAUGGAGUCUUUUACCCCCCUGUUUCCUAUGCAUUCAGUGACUAAGAGCCGAGUGGGCGUGGAGGUAGUAAAACAUUUCCUUUCAUUCAGCUCUUUGAGCAACAUGCAGAAUGGUUUUAUUCACAUUUUUACUAACACUUAAUAUAUGCACAGAAUUUCUGAAUAGCUACUCCUGCAAUAGACUCCAACUGUAAAAAUCAGUCAGUUGAUGGGUUAUUACAUAUUGAUUCACUUUCAUUAAGUGUAUUUUGGAUUAUAUUUGAACACUGCACCGACUUUGAAGUAUAAUAAAAUUAAUAUCCUGUAGAAUAAUUAAGAUAUUUUAGUUAUUUUACUAAUGAAUAUUUAUGAUCUACAGCAUUUCAAGAUGAUCACUGUGGAAAGUGAAUGGCUGAUGAAUAAAUAAUUCCACACUGCUUGAUGAUAAGCAGUAACUAAUGAAUGAAUUCAAAUUCUUGAACAAAUACUGACUUCACAAAGUCUGGGAUUGAUGGAAAAAUGCAGCAGGUGUCUAAACUCCCUCUGACCCCGUGUCAGUGUUUUCACCACAACCGGGACACCAAGACCACAAGGAAGGAAGUGAGACCGUGGGCAAAGAGGCCAAUAAAUAUGCAAGAGCUGGGAUAAAGAGCUGGAGAAAAGCCUGUGGAGAGAGAAAGAGAGUUUCUCGAUGGAUGAAUAAAACGGAGGAAUUGGUGAGGCCGGACUCUGGGUGAGAAACAGGAGCCCGAUGAAACGAUGACCAUCUCCAUGACUUAAAUCAGUGGCGUGUCAGUGCUGUAGGACGCACGCUGCUGAGGUCUUUCUUCCUGCAGAAAUCCAGUCCCAGUUAUGUCGUGUGAGCACGCGUAUGUCAACAAAGCGGACAUGUGGACGACCGGCUGAGGCUCCGGGCUCCCAGCUCCUCUCUGCACGGGUCAGGUAGACUGCAAUCCCACCUGCAAAGAUGACAUCUGCCACACCUCCUUCCUCUCGUAGCUCCUCCCCUCAGAAGGUUUGCCACUCCCAGACCCAGACAGAUGUUUUAAAACCCUUACUGGGUGGUGGCAUAUCCAAUGUGGGUGGGACUCUGAGGAAGAGGAGGCGUGUCCUCUCCAAAGAUGGCCGCAGCAACGUGCGCAUCGAGCACGUUAGCGGGCGGAGUGCUCUGUACAUGCGUGACCUAUGGACAACGUUUCUGGACAUGCAGUGGCGCUACAAGUUCUUCCUGUUCACGGCCACGUUUGCGGGGACCUGGUUCCUAUUUGGGGUGCUGUGGUAUCUGGUGGCACUGGUGCACGGAGACCUGCUUGAGUUCGACCCUCCAUCAAACCACACACCCUGUGUGAUGCAGAUGCAGACUCUGACAGGGGCUUUCCUCUUCUCUCUCGAGUCCCAGACGACCAUUGGUUACGGUUUCCGCUGUAUCACUGAGGAAUGUCCUGCUGCCAUCCUCCUCCUCAUCAUCCAGCUGGUCAUCACCAUGCUGAUGGAGAUCUUCAUCACUGGUACCUUCCUGGCCAAGGUUGCUCGGCCAAAGAAACGAGGUGAGACAGUGAAGUUUAGCCAACAUGCUGUGGUGUCGACCCACGAAGGACGACCUUGUCUGAUGAUCAGGGUGGCCAACAUGCGCAAGAGUCUUCUGCUUGGGUGUCAGGUGACUGGAAAACUGCUCCAGACGUCUCUGACCAAGGAAGGUGAGACAGUUCGUCUGGACCAGAGAAAUGUGCCCUUCCAAGUGGACACAUCCAGUGACAGCCCCUUCCUCAUCCUGCCCCUCACCUUCUACCACCUCAUUGAUGACAACAGCCCCCUCCGAGCCUGGGCAGCCAAGGGUGGGGGCUGGACAGAUCCAGAGAUGGCAGAUUUUGAGCUGCUGGUGAUCUUGAGCGCUACAAUUGAACCGACCUCCGCCACCUGCCAGGUCCGCACUUCCUACCUGCCGGAUGAGAUUCUGUGGGGCUAUGAGUUUCCUCCUGUAGUCUCCCUUUCCCCGUCGGGCAAAUACGUAGCAGACUUUGCCUUCUUUGACAAAGUGGCCAAGACCAAGACCACGCCUAUCUUCAAACCAUCCAGCCCCCAGCAUGGAUACCAGAGCAACGGGGGUGGGACUGUGCAUGAGGUGUCUGAUCCAGACAAGAUUCGUCUUGAGCAGAGCUACAGGGAGAGAGGAGAGGACCGUGGCAGGGCCAGAGACGCUCCUCUCAGUGUUCGCAUCAGCAACGUUUGAACAGAUGGAGGUUGGUGGAUGGGUUGGAGAUGAGAGCAAACAAAACAAUAAACGUCACAUCAACAGAGCGUGGAAGACGGCAUUGUUAGAUUAUUUUGAACUUUUUAUGAAAGACAGCUAUUGUAGGUCUCAGUCCAACCCAUUAUCACUCCCAGAGUGUCAACUACGGCAGCCCGGUCACUGGUACUUUGCUUCAAAGUAGGACACUGCACUUACUUUUCUAAUGUAAUUUCUGGAGGCGCCCGGUUACUAUAGGAUAAAGUAUAAUAUAAAAAAUAACAUAAAGAAUAUAGUAAAGUAUAAAGUACAAAAGUCCAAGAGAAAAGUCCAAGUUGGGAAGUGACAAGGGUGGUUAGAUGCUUCAGACAAAGGACUUUUAAGCAGGAGACCAAGGUUUGAGUCCUGUGUGUGACCACAUGUUAGUCCCUUUGUUCCGAACUCUUUUACGUCACAUAACUUAUAUACGUACAGACAUAAGGUACGGCAUGUACAUAGUUAUUUACGUAAGAUAACAUCCUUGGUUUAACCAAAUGCCUGAGUUUUUCCUGAAAAUAACCAAGUGGUUUUCAUGCAGAAACUUAAUUCCACAAUGUGUUAACAGUCCAAAAAUCUAAAUAUGUCAUACUGCUAAGUUGACAGUGGAGUCCUAAACAUGAAAAAUGACUAAAGGUGCAAGAAGAGUUUGAAGCUCAGGGCCACUGACCAAGCUGUUGUAUAUAAGUGAGAAAGGUUGGGAAACUGUAUAGCAAGCUGUAUACAUAUGAUGGCAUAACACACUACCUAACUGCAGCUACUGUAUGUGGUUUGGAUGCAUAUAUUUUUGUCAAGUUCUUAACUAAAAAAAAUAAUAAUUAAAAAAAACAGGUUGGUUUAUUUCUUCACACAGAAAAUAAUCCUAAAACAAAAGUAAAGGGGAGUAUGGAAAUGCUGAUGGGCUUGUUUGGGUUUCCCUUGCGUGUAUCAGUGAGUAUUUUCCAUCGUCAGUGGUACACAGAAAGUACUGAAUUAGUCGCGGGCAGGAAUCACCCAAAACUCACGUGACUUUGACUUUCAGCUUAUAUGUCUUCUAUUGCAGUAAAAACCACACAUCUCACAACAUCCCCUCCAUUUAUUCUUUUAUCAGUCUGCUGAUAUUUUUACUUCACUUCCUGUAAAAUAACAGAAGUACUGGAGUUAAAGUCACAGAUACACAUAGUCAGUCUUUGGAGAUUCUGUUCAUGUAGCUCUGCAACUGAAAUGUUGUUCAGUGUGUAUACUGUAUCUCUUGAUUUUGUGGGCAUUUCUUGUUUUCUGUUGUUACUGUUAGCACUUUAUGUAAGUACAUGAUGUACAUUUGCACCUUAGGAAUUUUGGCUGCCUAUUUUUAAUUCUACUAAAAGCACUGACACAUUGGAUAUCACAGACUUUGAAUCAGUUAGAAUAAACUUAAUGAACAGAUUCUUAAUUCCCACAAAGCUAACUGGAAUUUCAGUUUCUCUCAGUGGUCUGAAGCUAACUGACUGAAACGAAUGACAAAAUGGUUUUAGAUCAUCACUGACGGUAGUGGGUUGUAAAUGAUUGAGUGAACAGCGAUGAAGUUCUCCUUUCUGUGGAAAAGUAUGACUGAACCUACACCUGAGUGCUGUGAAAUGAGAAUGUGAAAGUGAUGUUGUAAGACGCUGACAAUGAUUCUGUUUCGGUGGAAAUGGGUUACAGUUAUAAGUUAAGGACGUCUAUGAUGGAUAAGAAUAUGUUGAGAUUGUUUGUAUUCGUAACAUUUCCUUAAUUAACAUCAAGGUCUGGAAUACUGACAGUGUUUAAAGUGCAGAUGGAGAGAUGAAACGAGACAUUUCUCUACAAAAACUGAUUUAAUAAAUGUGAUUAUGAGUUAUUAAAGUCUACAUAUUGUUUCAUGUCUUUGGAAAGCUUAACACCGAGGUUUGCACCUGUUUGCUUUGCUAAAUCUCCAUCAGUUCCUGAACUGACAUUGGCGUUGCUAGCCUUGUGACCACCUUUUGCCUUUUCCUUAUGUGUGUUCCUGCAUGCUUUUCAGCACAGAAUAAAAUAUAACAUACCUAUUGCAGUAACAUAUAAAUCCAGUAUUGCACAAGUACGUGACC